ACAACCUUUAAGACACCGUUGGUCCUGCGUAAGCGUCCUUUUUGUAUUUGUGCAACUCAAAGUCAUCGUAACAAUUCCGAUAGAACAGACGCUCACUCGAUCGGAGGAAAAUCGUCAAGGCUCUUUUCCAUCCUUGCCAAGCCGAGCAAGGUGGCGAAUAGAGAUUUGGCGACGGACUUACGGGAGUCUCUCAUAUUUGCGAACUGAAAGAGACGGAUAUAUGCUGAUAUGAACACAAGGAUUUAAAGAGAGAAAGAUUGUUUGCUGUAUGGUCACCUUCUAGACUGCAAAGCAUAGCGAGACAAAGGAGCAGCAGCAUCAAUCGUACUUUUUGUCGGAACAUUAGCCCUUCUUGCCGAUGGCAUCCUCUGUUGAGGAUGUGGGCAAAGCCAGCAAUGGAAACGAUGACAAGACACACAAACUAGCUUUUCCACCUCCUGCCGCCAUCUUUGCGAUUCCUACUCAUGCAACCACACAUGCUUCAGCUUCAACAUACGGCGAGCCAGCAGAGGAUGAAUCCAUUACAGAAGAAAGGGAUACGGCCUUGCAGGGUAGGCCUCGACCUUCACCAGGUUUGGAGCUCGUGGAGAAGUCCGAGGCUGCAAUGGAAGACUACAGAUACAUCGAUCCAUAUGCAGGCACCUCUCUUGCGUCAACCGAUCAACUCGCAGCAUCCAGAUUUGAUGUGCCUUUAAGCUAUCCAGCUUCCGGUCCUUGGAGAACGGCAAACACAAUCCUAAGCAAAGACGUUUCAGGCAUUCAUAAUUCGGACAAUAUUCUCAACCACACUGAAAGGCAGUAUAGGCCUCCAAUCACUACGGUCACACCAACUCAGAGUCCACUUCCGAGCCCAGCGACUGCCGAGGAAGCGCCGCCCAAAUAUCGAAGAAAUCAUUGGCCACCUUUUACAUCUCCAGGAGGAAGUCCAGCUGCAGAUAGAGGUGUGGUGAAUGGUGAUCCGCCUGCACAAGGAGGAAGGUUUCCACGAUGGAGAGGAUGGCUAGAGAAAAGGGCCAUGGAAAGGCAUUAUGCACAAGCAGAUGCAGCAGCUGCAGCAGAGGCAGGUCCUUCUGGCUCUGCAGAAACACGAGAAGACGUGCGAAGGAAGAAAAGUUGGGGAGCCGGGGUAGAAGACGAUGAUGCAUUGAGCGAUGCAGAAGAAAAUGAUCAAGACCUACCGUUCAAUAUCGAUUGUCCAUUACACAUUCACAGCUUUGGCAGUCGUUUUAUACCCCAUAUACCUUCUCUACCGCUUUGUGCGGUGACGAUCGAUUUGCCUCCACCCACUACUUGGUCUACGGCAAGAUUGCUACGAAGAAAUAUACCCGAAGAAAGCAAGAGAAGAGUUCUACUCGUAGGAACGGUUGAUGGAUUAUAUGCUGUUGAGAUUCGCCGGCAAAAACGAGAAGAGGAAGGUGGUGAUAGUAUCUCACGCAAAAUACGGGGUGCUGAUCCACAAUCUAGACAAUCGAAUCGAGGUAGCUGGAACGGUAACGUUCGAGUGACUCAGAUUUGGUCAGGCGUAGGGGUCUAUCAAUUAUCACUCUUGUCCACUCAACAGCAAGAACCCGAUACGCGGACUGGCCUUUAUGGCUUCACAUCACGUCCAGCACCCGUUAAUGAAGCGGGAAUCAUGCUUGCGCUAUGCUCUACAAAGACUGAGUCAAGCAAGAAUCAUUCCCCUUUUGCUAUUCCUACAGCCAGUCAGAGUGGUUUGUUGGGUGAAAUGAACCUUGGCGGUGGGACUGGAACGACAUCAUCGGCUCAUGGACAUCGCGAUCCUGCGCAGCAAGUACUCAGUACCGGUCAUGUUGGCACAGGCGGCGGUGGUGGUCAGAGUAAGAUGUGUCCUCCAAGCGGAUCAGGUGAGGUACGAAUGUGGAGUAUCGAAGCAAUCAGACGAAUUGUGACACACGUCUUAGAUUCGACAGACCAUCAACCACUUGACCUUCUAAACAAAAGCCGGGCAAACAAGACCGGAAACGUUCGAGCAAAUUUGACUGCUCGAUUACGACGGGCAUGGGCACACCUUGGCGAUCCUUCGAGCGAUAGAAAGGCAAACAGAUUGUCAAGACAAUAUUCCAGCGAUCAAUCACCCAUGUCGCAGACGGACGGAUUACAAAUGCGUACAUCCAAUUCAGCUGAUGGAAGCAAAAUGGCAACAAAUGCACAUCGCCUCAAUCACGCACGCUCUCAAUCAGAGCAACUCUUAUCAUCAAGCAAACGUUAUGUAUCCGAAAAAGCACCUGUUCCGGUACAGGAAGAAUCGCCCGUCUUGGACUCUGCACAUCAGGAAUGCUUACGUCUUGCACAUACGUGGGUGCCAAUCGUUUUGCCCGGUUCGCAUCCUUAUCAGUCCGGGGGUAUGGGUCAUUCGGAAUCAGCUUCUUCACUCUUUUCUGAUGAUAACCACGUCGGAACGGGUCCUACGAAUAGCACACAUGGUCAUUCGACACCUUCAUCCACAACUUUCACUUCUUCCGGUAAAGGAGUUUCGUUUUAUGCUCUGAUUGAAGCAGGUGCAGAGCUACGUAAUUCGGGAACUUGGUAUUUAGCACUUGCACAUGCCAAAUCGAUCUUACUGUACGAGUCUGUAAGGCCGAUCAGUAAGGGUGAUUCUCGCUCUUGGGCAUUUUUGAAGGAGUUUUACACACCUUCCGCACCAAAAGGAAUGGCAUUUUGCUUUUCGGCAUCGCCUGAAAAUGACGAUCAGGCACGCAAUUCAAUGUCAUCCGGUCCCGGUAAUUCGUCUAUCAAGCGACAACUAGCCUCUCAGAGAUCCGUCAAAUCAUCUUCUUAUUCCAGUGUCUUUCGCGCACAUCCAAGUUUGAACCUGUUUGUCAGUCUAGGCAAAAAGGCAGUCAUGAUUCGUGCUAGCGAUGGUAAUGUGAAAGAGAUGGAAAUGUUGCCAAUAGCAGGUAAAGGACAUGAUCCCGAAGCAUUAAGUCCUACAUCCGAAUCAGGUAAUCAACCAAGCAACAAGAGCUCACUUGGUCAUUCUCAUUCGCGCAAGGCAUCUGAAAUGUUUGAAAGUCAAUCAAGUUCGAAAGAGUAUUGGGUUGGCCUGGAGCGUGUGACUGCUCAGGUAGCCAUCAGAUGCAAACAUCACGGUCCCGUGCCUGUUGGUGAAGCUGGUGUUUCAAGCAAUGCUGCUAACGAUGAUGACGACGACGAUGACGACGAUGAAUGGGAUAGCGAUGGACCAGCUACGCCAGGCGAAAGGGGUGUUACGUUAAGAGACACUUCUACAGGAUUGACAGGUAGAGCUGCACUUUUGCGUAGGCAACAGCAACGUCGACCUCAAGUGCCAGCCCAUACCAUUUCCGCUGGUCUAACGAUUCUGAGUAAAGGAACACAAACGCAGGUCUUGGCUUCACCUCUGCCGAGAGAUGUCUUCCAACCAAGACCGUAUGAGUCCGUUCAAUGGUCCGCAACCCCAACAGCCGUGACUGCAUCCGCACGAGUGAUUGGCCUGGAACGUGAUUUGAGCAGUGGAGCAGUUUCGAUUGAUAGUUUAGGCAGGGCAAAUCAGAAGAGGGCAUCAAUGAUGAGCGAAUAUUCUCUACCGGGAGGAUCGAGUAAUGUUGUGAUCUUGCAUAUUCUCGUAUCCAUUUUGGCUUCUUUGCCAUCAAAGGUUGAAAUGAAACGGAUCAAGGUAAAAUUACCGAUUCGAACACCGUUUAUGUUCCGAAGAGAUUCGGAAUUGGAGCUCGAACCGAUCGUCACGCCAUCUUCUGCGAGUAAUACACCAAACAGAACGCCAAAUCUUGCAGCAGAAAGCGGAGAAGAUGAUUUUGCGGGACAUAGUGAAAAUGUAGAAGCACAACAAGAAUUGGAAUACCUGUGCGGCAUGCUGGUUCCAACGCAUUACGAUCAAAUCUCAUUAAAGCCAUGGGAAGCGGGAGGCGAUGGAGGCGCAUGGGCUUUCGAUUGGCGAGGAGCAAACGAUUUCAGAGUAUUUUAUUGUGGUGUACAGAUUUGAUCUGUAUACUGAUCGAUUUGUUUUAUUUCAUUUGUAUAUUGUAUAUUGUACGGACAUUCAUAUCCAUUAUCUCUCACCCUUUUUUCACACAAGCAUAUGUAUAUAAUCCCUAGGAAACGCUAGCAUUCACAAAGCAUAUCGUUCUAGUCAAAUUCAUCAU